AUAUAUAAUCCUGUUCACGGCCAUGGCUCGACGAAUUCAGAUACCUCGUCUCUAGACCAACAUUCCUUUGCCUAUUUCUGCAGCAGCUGCUACGAUUGAGCUGCGGCUCCAUUCCUUAGAUCUCGCAUACUAACACAUUAUACGCAUUCAUAUAUAAAUAUCUACUUCUUUUCAUUCCUUUCUCACGAUCACCUUUUCUGCAGAGGAAGAAAACUUCAAUCUAGCUGGUCUACAGUUCAAACUUCUCCUCUACCUCCUCUCCUUGAAAAGAAAAAAACAAAACAUAAUAUAUUCUUCAGUUCAUCGCGAUGCGACGCACCGCGACUCUUCUUUCGGCCUUAGGCCUCACGGCGCAGCUCAGCUCUGCAGCCUACACUUUACAAGACGAUUACUCGGGCGAUAGCUUCUUCGAUGGCUUCACUUUCUUCACCGGCGCUGACCCUACCAACGGCUUCGUCGACUACGUCGAUGAAGCCACCGCCCAGAGCAAUGGCUAUAUCUCCACCUCUGGCGACGCCCCUGUCUACAUGGGCGUCGACCACACCAACAUUGCCGGCAGUAGCGGCCGUCAAAGCGUCCGCAUCAGCAGCGAUGCCACCUACAACCAUGGUCUCUUCAUCCUUGACCUUGGACACAUGCCCGGAGGUGUCUGCGGUACCUGGCCUGCCUUCUGGCUCGUCGGCGCCGACUGGCCCAACAACGGCGAAAUCGACAUCAUUGAAGGCGUGAACCAACAAUCCGGCAACGACAUGACCCUGCACACCAGCGACGGGUGCAGCGUCUCCUCUUCCGCAGACUUCACAGGCUCCAUGACCACCGACAACUGCUACGUCUCUGCCGCAGGCCAAUCCAAUAACGCCGGGUGCGGUAUCACUGACCCCGACGGCACCUCGUACGGCACCGCCUUCAAUGCCAAUAACGGAGGCGUCUUCGCAACAGAAUGGACUUCAGAUGCUAUUAGUAUCUGGUUCUUUGAACGCGGAAGUAUCCCUGAUGAUAUUGAUUCGGGCAAUCCCGACCCGGAUUCUUGGGGUUCACCGGUUGCGAGGUUUAAGGGCGAUUGUGAUAUUGAUGCCCAUUUUGAUAGUUUGCAGAUUAUCUUCGAUACUACCUUCUGCGGCGACUGGGCUGGUAAUGUCUGGGGUUCGGGCAGUUGUGCGUCCGUCGCUAGCUCGUGUAGUGAUUAUGUGGCGAAUAAUCCGGAGGCUUUUGCCGAUGCUUAUUGGAUUAUUAAUUCGUUGAAGGUUUAUCAGGAUGAUGGUGUUGAUGAUGAUACUGUUGCUGGGGUGGUUGAUUAUGGGGAUGAUGAGGAUGAUGAAGAUGAUCAGGACGACGACAACGGAUGAUGAUGACGAUGAUUCUCGUCCCUGGAGAGGUGGAGGAAGGAACCAUCAUGGUUCGAAGCUCAACGCGUCGACGUCGACCUCGUCGUUCCCUAGCCCGUCAUUUGUGAGAAAGGCAAGGUGGGAGAGG